AUGGCUAUAGCCGCUCGUCGUGUUAAUAACGAAAUAACAAAUUUAUGUGCCACUUCCAACCCAUCAAUUCUGCGCAAAACGUCCAAAGAAGAUUUCGUUAAAUUUUCUUGGGAGAAUAUUCAUAAAGAAUUGAAAGAAAGAGCGCCGAUGUUCAUGCGCUUUAUUGAAGCUUCUGCCCAGAACCCUUCCCAGGCAAAAAAUGUAAACAAAAAGGACGAUAACCUCAUACCACCUAUGUGUGACGCUGCUUCUCAACUGAUCUCCAUUUUUAGCGAAGGAAUGUGUGCUACCAGAAGAAUAAAGAGCGUAAUUCUUAAGAAGAACGGGCUGAAGAAAAUCGGUUUCCAAAGAUUGGCUCGAUUAUACGCGUGUAUGGGGUACAAGUCAACUAACAAAAUGUUCGAAACUUUUGCCAAAGAUUUUGACAUCAAAUUAUUGACAUGGAAAGAACAGGUAGAGAAAGAUGUGAAAAAAGAAAGGGAAAUUUUGUCAAAGUUGAGUGAGCUGGAUCCGAAUGCUGAAGAAGAGAUUAUUUCGGAAGCCAAUAAGCUUCAAAAACACCGAGAGAGUAUGCAUCCGUCGUACUCAUUCGCAGGCGAUAAUGCGGACUUUAUUAUAAAGCCCAGACAAAUGAUGAAAUCUAAACAGAACAAAGACUUCCAUAUGUUUCAGAACGUUGCAUACGAAAACAGGAUUUCACCUAACAAUCUAAGCGAUGAUCAGCCCAUUGUCGACGUAGGCAAAAUAUCAUGGUUAACCUUUCUUCCAAGUGCAAUGGAACAAACAAGUUUAGCUGAAGAAAUCACUGUUAUGGUAUGUCAACUAUGGGCGAAGUACAUUCCUGCUUUGAGUUGGUUCAAUGAUUAUGUUCCUACACACAUUCCUCACAAGCACAUGGAAGAUGUUAAGAAGAAGACAAACAAGGUAAAUGAUAGUAAUUCAUACGCAUUUCUGAUUAACGCAUUGCUGAGAAUAUAAAUAAUGGUUACAUUAUUUAUAUUCUUUAAAGGUGAUCUACAGUCCGUAUGUAAACAAAGCCUUUGUUUACAUUUUUGCGUCCAAAAUAUUGAGCUUUAUUCGACAACUAUUUAUAUUUUCAAGCUUCUAGAGUAUAAUAAAUGAUCAAGAAACAACAAUCAGGCUUUGAAGAACCCAAAACAUAGUUAAACUGUUUGUAUCAUAAAAAGUGGGCUCCUUUGUGCACAUGCGCAGAUUGGACUGUAGGUCACCUUUAAAAAAAUUGCCCUGGAUUUUGAGACUUGUCCCAGGAAUGCAAAAAUGCAGGCCAUAUAUAUACCCCUCCAACCCAAAUAAGAAAUUGCUUACAACAGCACUGGGGUACAAGGCAUAUUUUAAUGAUUUAGCAGUGGGGGGCCAUAACUGAAGCCAAGCACCGAAAGCACAAGCCUUCCAUGGGGGUCCGGGGGGGGGGGUCCUUCCCGCGAAAUUUUGAAAUCUGGAGUCUCUGAAAUUGCCAUUUCAUGCAUUUUUGGGAGGCGAUUUUAAAUAAUUCUGAAUACUAAAAAAGUGAAUGUUUUAUUUCAAUAAAAUUUUUUAUUAACUUAUACAUAUGAUAUAGCAUCUGAGUCAAUUCCAUUUUGUGGACAUUACAAUCAGAGACAGAGGCCAAAAAUUAAAAUAAUAAUUUGCAUUACUUCUUGUAUAUAUUAAAAUAUAGUCAUUUUGUGUUUUUAAUUAAAACUUAAUUUCAAACCAUAAAAGUCAUAAAAGCAUUAAUAUUUCAUCAAAUACAUACAAAGUCAUACCAUUCACACUGUAACGAUCCAAUGUAUUAUUGUCUGAGGUAACAGUUUAAAUGCAAUAAUAUGUUAAAAGGGCCCAGGGAGUGGGGGCAAUUUUGUGUGAGUGGCCCGGCCAAAUUGCCCCCCCCCCCAGUAUAUAUGUUAAAAUAUGCCUUCCUGGGGUAUAUACAACUAUUUUAAUACAAUUGUUUGCAACAGGUACAUUUAGGUGUUCUUCGGGAAAACGAGCAAUACGAGGAAGAUAUGAUAGACAUAUUGGAGUGGAUUCACAAAUAUGUUCCAGGCCAUUCAGAUAAGGAUGAUCAACCUGGUACUUUAGUAAAAGUAUUAAAUGGCGGUGAUUACCUUACUCAUGAGCGGAACAAAUCAGCACAAUCAGCAAUGCAAGAUGGAAGAACACCAUCUGCAAAACUACUUGGUCUAGUAAGCAAGUUUGAAGAUUUCCACACUCAAUGCGAAUGGUUAAAGGUACAGUAUAAAUAUUAACCAUUAGCUCGCAAUAGCCCAAACACCCAUAUUUUAGCAUUCAAUUACUCUGUCUAACACCAGACAAUGUUACCCACUUGUUGAAGAGUGUUAACAGUGCCUCUUGUUAAACCAUUAUCUUUAAAUGAGCCCAAAUGUUCACAUUUAGCACCUUUGCUUUGUCUAUUACCAGACAAAUUAACUUCAGCAGAAGAAUAAUGCAAGUAUAUAAUUAGAAAUAAUUUUAAUCUUUGUCAUAUGUAGUCUUUAUGA